AUGUCCUCAUACGGCUUGGUGUUCUUCGAAGUGCCCAAACAUGGUAUAAGGCUCGGAAAGCUCAAGGGAAUCACUUCCGGCCAGAUAAACGCAGAGCUCAUACAUGGUUUAGAGCUUGACUCGGAUUCAGAACCAGUCUCAUAUCUUCGAAGCAUCCAAGACUACCUCGUCCCGCUGGGCGCGCUCGUCGUCGUCGAGACGGAAAGGAUGGGAUUCCACCACAUUGGCUUCGCAAGAUUACGUUUAUCAGUUCUGGGUCCGCCAAUGAGGAUCGUAUCAUGCUACGAUGAACCAAAGACUGCUACCAUUGUUGUUCGUCUUCCUAUGUUCCCCCCUGAGGAUGAGAGAUAG